CCGGCCCAUGGAGAAGCUGCCUGAACAGACGUCCCCGGAAUCCCCGUGUCCGUCCCUCGAGCAGGAGCCUCGAAAGAGCAAGGAUGGUGAGACCUGGACUGAGGAUCAAUUAAUUAUAAAGGAGAAAACUCUUGAAGUAGGGACACAGCCACACGAAGGAGAUGAAUGUGAACAAAACAAACAUGCGGGACCCUAUGGGUAUGGACAGAACUUUGGUCAUAUCUCAGACUUUAUCCGACAGACACACAUUCUUAUGGAAGAGAAAUCUCAAAUGUGCAACGUUUGUGGCAAGCUAUUCAGACGGAACACAUACCGUAUUCAGCAUGAAAAAAUCCACACGCAAGAGAAGCCUUAUGAGUGUCAUGAAUGUGGAAAAGCCUUUGGCCAUAGUUCAAAUCUCAUUCAGCAUCAAAGAAUUCACACCGAGGAGAAACCCUAUGAAUGCGGUGAGUGUGGGAAGGCCUUCCGGCGCAGCUCACACCUCAUCCAGCAUCAGAUCAUCCACACGGGGGAGAUGCCUUACAUGUGUAAUGAGUGCGGAAAAGCUUUUGGUCGGAGCUCAAGUCUCCUUCGACAUCAGAGAAUCCACACUAGGGAGAAGCCCUAUGAAUGUACCGAAUGUGGGAAGGCCUUCAGUCAGAGCUCAAAUCUAACAGAACAUCAGCGAGUUCACACCAGAGAGAGACCAUAUGAAUGCAGCGACUGUGGGAAAGCUUACAGUCGUAACUCACACCUCAUCGAACAUCAGAGAGUCCAUACAGGGGAGACUCCUUAUGACUGUAAUGAGUGUGGGAAAUCUUUCAGUAGGAGUUCACUCCUUAUCAAACAUCAUAGAAUUCACACUGGAGAAAGACCCUAUGAGUGUAGUGAAUGUGGGAAGGCCUUUAGUCGGAACUCCCACCUUAUUCAGCACCAGAAGACUCACAGUGGGGUAAAACCUUCUGAAUGUAAAGAAUGUGGGAAAACCUUCAAGUACAGUUCAUACCUUAUUGAUCACCUGGGAAUCCAUUCACGAGAGAAACUGUGAAUGAAGUGAAGGUGGUAAAGCCUUUGGUUGGAGUUCAGCUCUUAGCGAACAUCAGAGAACUCGCGCUGGGGAGAAAACCUUUGGCUGUAGUGAGUGCAGACGGCCUUCAGUCCUAGCUCAACUCUUACUAAGACCUGAAAAUCCACAUAGUGGACAGAUCUCAUGGAUGUAUUCAGUGCAUGAGUACCUUUAGACAGAGUUCCCGGCUUACUCAGCAUUAGCCAGUUUGCUUUGGGAGAAUCAUGGGUAUGGGGAGAGCCUUGCUAUGUGUCGGAGAGGGGCAUGAAAGGGGCGUCAUGUGACACUACAGAAGGAAUGACUAAAGUGGAAGCUUAAGUUA